CUGCUGAACAGUCUAUAUCGCAUUGGCGUAAGGGAGUCUGUAAUAUGCAUGUUGCCUAUUGUGAAAUAAUGGGAAUAAAGCAAUAAGGGGGAAUAAAAUUCUAACACAAUUUACUGUGAAAAUUGGAAUUACAUAAUUUAAGGUAUUUUACAUAAUUUGGAAGAAGAAAGUGGCACAUGGUUAUUUUUGUAAUCAGGGGUGAACAGAUUACUAACAGUUGUUGAUGAUACGUUAGCAAUUUGCUGUCCUUUAAACAAUUUAGUUAAAUGGCAUGAAAUGGACGAUUUAUUCAAUUCGUCAUUUUUCCAUAGUUAUCUCAACAAAAUGAAUUCACUGCCGCCUUGUAUAUUAGAUGAUUCCAUGCCAUUGAAUAAUUCAAACAGUUCUUCUGAAUCAAGGCUUUCAAACUGCAGUACACCGGCUUUUGAUGAUUUCUUAGAUUUCGAUUUACCAAGCAACUUUGAAUAUCAGAAACCAUCUGUUUAUAUAAUUGGAUUAAAUUUAUUCUCAUACUUCACACCAUUUAUACUAGUUAUCGGCCUUAUAGGAAACGGAUUAUCGCUGGCUGUAUUCACAUCAAAGAACAUGCGCAAAAUGUCUGCAAGUUCUUAUCUGGCGGCGUUAUCGGCAGCUGAUAUUUGUACCCUGACCUUCUAUGUGUUUAUUGAAUGGUUACGAAGAGGUCUUGUCCAUAUUAAUCCGGAUGCUGAAAUAUUAUUAAACGUUUUGAAUAGAGACGGACCAUGUCAAGUUUUCUUGUUUUUGUCUUACAUAUCUCGUGUAAUGUCAACUUGGAUAAUUGUUGUAUUCACCAUCGAACGGUUUACAGGUGUUUGUUACCCACUUAAAUCUUUCAAAGGAAAGUCUAAAAAGAUCUUAAUAGGAAUGUUGAUCAUUGGCAGUAUUCUGGUGUUAUACAAACCUAUUCUUAGCAGCGAGUACAUAGCGAGAGGACGAAUCACUUGCAGUUCAAAUCCAAUGUACAGUUUUGAGUCAUUUGUGUUGGAUUCAAUUUUUGCUUUACUUAUAACACUUGUUCCUUUUAUCGUCAUAACAAUACUUAACAUAAUGAUUAUGAGAACUUUGUUCUUAAGAAAUCAUCGCCAUAGUGAACUUUUUGCGGAAACAACUAAGAUACGACUUGAGUUUACGCUUAUACUGUUAGCUAUUUCAUUCUUCUUUAUUGCGUUCAACCUUCCUUAUUCGGCAGUCUGGUUCAAAAAUUUUAUGUCUUCGAGAUUUCUGAGCAUGGAUGCCUAUAACUUCAAUCACAAAGACAUUGACUACUGGAGGGGAGUGUUACAUGUUACAAGAACAGUGUUUUAUAUGAACUAUUGCGUAAAUUUCUUUUUAUACAGUAUCACUGGUGCGUAUUUUAGAAAUGAACUUGCACUUAUGUUGCGUUUCAAACAAAGGAAAAACAGGAUCUACAAAUCACAUAUCCGUAGUAGCAGAUUUGGCAGCUCAAAUCAUUCUGGAACAAUAGCUACAUAUAUGGCUUAGGCUACAUUAAGACAUCAGUGAUUUCUUUCAAAAAUCAACACACCAUCAGAUGGUAAAAUGAACAUAGAAAUGAAAAGAAAUGUUGAAUAAACGGUAAUUUUUGGUGUAGUUAGGUUAAAUGUGUUUACAUCAAUAAUUAAUUACCUCCUAGUUGACAAUCUCGCCAUAAAAACGAGUUUUUAUCGCAUAAUAUAACUGUCAAAUUCACGUUGUUCGUAUCAUUGUUUGGAAUAACAGUCUGUUAUUAAGUGAUCAGAUAAAUGUCUUUUCUUGGA